GUUGAUUAUAGAGGAUCUAAUGGAGUACGAGAGGAUUCACAAGCUUCAGGUUGGGAUAAUAUCUCCAAGUAAACUGAGGAUGAAGCUGAUGGGGCAGAGGAAAAAAGACGGAGGAUCAAAAAGCAAUUCAGCAAGAACUUCUCCUUCUAAACUUGAAGAUACAGAGUUUGUGAAGAACAGUUUGUUAGCUUCAAAUUCUGGAGUUUCUGAUGAGGAAGGUUCUGCCAUGGCAAAUUCUUCACUGACAUUUGACAGCACAGAAAUCGGUCAGGGUCCCGGGCAGCCAAAAGAAAGUCGGGCAAAACCCCAUCAAUUUCAAAAAGCAGAUAGCAGUAAUUCGAGUUCAGUUCACCCUUUAAGAUCAUUAGAAGAUGAAAAUCUUGAUUAUGAUAGUAAUGCAAGUUCUUCAAGCUUUGAGUUUCAUAAAGGCGAACAAAGAUCCACCCAUAAUGCAAUUUCAAGAUCCCUUUUGAGACCCAUGUCUUCUAAAUGGAAUGAUGCUGAAAAAUGGAUAAUCAAUAGGCAAAAUUUGCAUAAUCAUAAUGCAAAAAACACCUUGCAAAACCGGGCAAAUCGGGCAGCUGUUAGUUCCAUCAAACGGGUCGAUUUUUGUCAACAAAUGGUGUCUGAGAAGUUUUCUUUUACACCUUCCGAGUCACAAGAUGAGCCCGUUUCUGGUCAGGCGAGUGGACUCAGUGAGUCAAUCGAUCCGUGUCCUGAAAGUAAAGACUUGAAAGAGGUUGACAACAGAGAGUCAUCAUGUGGACCGAGUUCAAACGAGGAUAAAACAGGUUGUCAUGAAGUAAGAUCGGUUUCGAUGAGAGACAUGGGAACGGAAAUGACUCCAAUUCCAAGUCAAGAGCCUUCAAUGACUUCCACACCUGUGGGGGCCACAACGCCUCUUCGGAGUCCAAAUUCUUCAAUUCCAUCAACACCCCGAAGAGGAAGAGGAGUACCCAAUUCCACUCCCGUGGAGCAUGAUGAGUCACGGAAUCCAAAAGAGUUGACCGAGCAAGAAGUCAAACUUAGAACACGGAAGGAAAUUUUACAGCUAGGGGUACAACUCGGGAAGAUGAACAUUGCGGCUUGGGCAAGUAAAGAGGACACGGAAAAGAAAGCGGUGGAGGGCGAAACAGACAUUUUGGCCGAAGAGGCAUUGCGGGUUGAGUUUGAGAAACGCGCGGUUGCUUGGGAAGAUGCCGAGAAAUCCAAACAUAAUGCAAGAUUUAUACGCGAAGAGAUAAAAAUUCAAGCAUGGGAGAGUCAACAGAAAGCAAAACUUGAAGCAGAAAUGAGAAGAAUAGAGGUUGAAGUGGAAGAAAAGAGGGCACAUGCACAAGCAAAAAUGUUGAAAAAGAUUGCAAUUUCAAGGCAGAAAUCGGAAGCGAAAAGGGCGGCAGCGGAAGCCCAAAAGAGCCGGCGGGCGGCACGUGCGGCGGCACAGGCGGAAUACAUCCGGCAAACUGGCCGGAUUCCGCCAUCAUCGCCGCACAGUUGCUGCGGCUGGUCAUAAAAAAAAAAGACACCAAAUUAGAGUGUGGUUUUUGAUUAAUGGAAUUGACUUGUGUUUGAUGUAUAAUUUGUUGUUUGGGUUUCAAGAUCCGGCAAAAACCACAAGUGAAAGGGUGAUUUACUUACUGAUUUGAAUUGAAGUGGAGUGAGUUAAUGGCAGUUGUUGGUGGCACCCCAAUUAUUUUUAUUAUUUUUUUAAAAUUAAAUAUUUAAAU